AUGGGUGCUAAGCUUUGUACAUUAUCAGGGUUAUCUUUCAAGGAUUGUAUCAAACCUAAAGAAAACAGAACUUUGAAAAUGAAGAAAGUGAAGAAGAUUAGUAGGAAAUUAGGUUUUGUAGAUGAUUGGGUAUUAGAUUCUCAAGAAAUGAAACAGUCCAAGAAAAAAGUGCACCCUUGUUCAACUCGGUUUCGCGGUGAGUUAGCUAAGGACAGUUUAUGCUUAAGCUUAGUGGAAAAAACUAAGAACCGUCUUGAAGAAGUUGAUGAAGGGUUGACUUCAUAUUGUUCACGGAAGAUUAAUAGAGUGAGGUUUAAACUUCCUCAUACUGUUAUAUAUUACGAACCAGAAGAGUCUUAUUAUGAAGAAGAUGAUGAAGAAGAAGAAAGAAGAGAAGGGUUGUUGAAGGCUUAUUAUGAUAGUGAAGAAUACUCCUUUUCAUCACCUAACUGGAGAGAACUGUAUUCAUUUGAAACCACUGAGGAACCUAUUUUGAAACUAGCUGUGGAUACUCUUCCUCAUGUCUUUGUCUCUUCCAAAGUUUCAAUUUGA